AUGGUCAUCAUUCUCAUUGGGCAAACCUUCUUGCACUGAUGAUAUAAAUAUUAAUGCUCCUUUACCUACAUUGAUGUCAUUCAACAUCUUAACAAGGAGCUUCUUCAUAGCAUGGAUAAAAUUAUCACGAAUACUUGGUCAAAUUUGGAAAUUUGGUUAUUCUUCUCAACCAAAAUUAUUCCGUGCAAAUUGGUUAAAUCAUGCAACUGAUCAAAAAAGUUUGUUAAGGCAAAUACGUUCUGCUUUAGCAAAAUGGUUAAAAGAAUUACCUGAUGAAUUACAACAUCAAUAUAUAUCUAAUAAUGACCAACAAGAUCAUUUCCAUUUACCAACCUUUUCUCCUUUUGCUGGUUAUAUUAAUAUUCUAUUUCAUACUUGCAUAAUUUUACUUCAUCAACCUUAUUUAUCUCAAGCUUAUAAUGAUCCAAAAAUUGAAAUGAGAAAACAUGGUCCAAAUGGUCCAAUUAAAACUUGUCUUACUGCUGCUAUGACAAUUACUGAUAUU